AUGGCUAGAAAGGAAUUUGAUCAUAAAGUGAACAAGGAGAUGGGCACCCAAGAGGAAGAAUAUUCAGCACCUGGAACUGAUAAAAAUGAGAAUAGAAAAGAGGAAAAAACGAGUGAUAAUAAGAAGAAGAAAGAUGAAAAAGAGCCAAGAACAGCGUUUGCGAAAAAAGGGGAUCAAAUGAAACCAAUGUCUCCAAAUCCGUUAGUAACUCCAAAAGGAACACCAAAAGAUUCAAAUCGACCGAAAUGUGAGGCAACCAAGAAUGAACCAAGUGUCAAGGGGAAGAAGAACAACUCUGAUCAUGAGCCAGUCAAAGAUCGUUCCCAAAUGUCCUCAUACGGCUCAGCGAACCCAAAAACGGCAGCAAAAGAUUUUCAAUGGUUAGAAGAGUCGAUCAACAAACUUCCAUGUUUUCAUGGAUUCAUUGGAAGAGAGGAUCUGAAUUCUUUACUCAAAAACACCGGCGAUUUUUUGAUUCGAACAUCAGUCCAAGCCAACAAACAAGAAGUCGAAAAAAGGAAGAAAAAUCAGCAAGAUGUAAAGGUUUUGGUGAAUUUGAGUCGAGAGAAAUGUGCGAAAAAAGAGGCAAAGGAAGCGAAAAUGGCUGGAGUUGGCGAUGUUGGACGGAGAGAAUUCGUUAUUUCGGUUUACUGUAGAGACAAAGAAAAUCCUAAACCUGGCAAGCCAGUCUACACCCCGAUCCGUAACCUCGUUAUCAAAAGAGACAACGGGCAAAUACACGUGGAACCUCUCAAAAAUUUCAAGACAAUGACCGACUUUUUCGCGUAUUAUCUGAAGAACACUGGAGUUUGCAAAGAGACGGAUUUCCAAUUGCUCAAUCCAAUCAAUCUAUCCACAUGGGAAUUCGUUCAUGAAGACAUUGAUCUGCAAUCAAAAAAGCUUGGAGAAGGCGCGUUUGGAGAAGUUCGAGUCGGAAAAAUGAAAGUGAAAACGACGAAAAAGACAGUGGAAGUGGCGGUGAAGAUGUUGAGAAAUUCGGAUGUCGUCACACGAGAACAGGUAUCAGAAUUGCUUCACGAGGCACGUGUCAUGCGGAUGAUGGACCAUAAAAAUGUGUUGAGAAGUUAUGGAAUUGCAGUGGUGAAGGAGCCGUUGUAUCUGAUGACCGAGUUGUGUGCUUGCGGUGCACUUCGCGAGUACCUACGGGAGAAUCAAGAUACAGUAACCCUAGCUGAUAAGUUGGCAUUUGUACUAGGCGCGGCAAAAGGUGUCGAAUAUCUACAUUCCCAAAAAACCAUUCAUCGAGACUUGGCAGUUCGAAAUAUUUUCUUGACUGAGGAUAAAACGCCAAAAGUGUCUGACUUUGGAUUGGCGAAAGUAACGGAUCGAUACGAAAUGAAAGAGCAAUGCAAGAUUCCAGUACGGUAUUUGGCUCCCGAGACACUUGAGAACUUUAUCUUCACACCCAAAACUGACGUCUUCUCGUUUGGAUGCGUGAUUUGGGAGAUUUAUGAAAAUGGACACCAACCGCAUGACGGGAAAAAUGCGCAGACUAUUCGGAAUUUAACAAAAAAGAAUCAAUUCUUGAAAUUGACGUCUUCUGCACCUGCCGAACUACGAAAACUAGUCAGCGAAAAAGUAUUCACAGCGGAUCCUGAGAAUCGGUGCUCUAUGUCUGCGGUUGUCCAAAGUGUCGAAAAGAUUGAAAAGCCACCUGCUGGAGCGAUGAAAUGA